ACGCUAGCACAAUUAUUUCUUUUUGUCGUUGUUUGGCAGCGUGGUGUGCGCGUCUCUUCGAAAAGAUGGCUAAGAAAAAGGUGAUUUCGAAGAAAAAUGAGCAUGGAAAGCCCGGACAGGAACCGCAGAAGGAGCAGAGGCGUGGCGUCAUCUACAUCAAACACAUCCCGCACGGGUUUUACGAAGAAGAAAUGAAGAAGUAUUUCUCACAGUUCGGUACGGUAACUAACCUGAGGCUAUCACGAAGUGGGAAGACUGGUGGCAGCCGUGGCUAUGCUUUUAUUGAGUUUCUGUCUGAAGAUGUUGCCAAGAUUGUUGCUGACACCAUGGAUGGUUAUCUCUUCUUCAACAAGAUAAUGAAAUGCAGCGUGGUACCUAGGGAGCAUGUGCACGAGGGCCUGUUCCGGCACUUCCGCUACCCGUUCCCGCUGCGCAAGGAGGUGGUGCGCACCGUCCACAACCGCCGUCGCACGGCUGAAUCCGAGAAGCGCAGUGCCCAUCGCCGCUUGGCCACCUUGGAGCGGACUAGGGCUCAGCUGCGCAAGAUGGGAGUUCGCUGUGACUUUGUCCCUGAGGUUCCCACUGAGCUCUUAGAGCCACUGGACUCCAAGGACACAAGCAAAGCUAGUGUGACCACUGACUCGGGUUUGCCAUCCUUUGUGGUCGACUCGAGCGAUGACAGCAUCACCUUCAAGACUCCACCUGGCACACGCAAGAAACGCAAGGUAAAACCCAGCAAACCAGCCACUACCCUUGUGGAUGUGACGCCUGGCAGGCAGGCUACGUCGCCCAAGAAGUCUGCCAAGCUGCUCACCUCGCCAGGAUCCAAGACGCGGCGUCGGGGUCCCAUUGUUUCCACCCCUCAGGCUGUCUCUCCCAAGGUUGGGUUGACAAAGGCUCCCGUACUGAAGACAACACCAGUCUCAAAAAGGAAACGCAAAGCCACGACUGCCAAGACAUAAAUAUUUUCCUUUCUAGGAAACAGCUGUCUAAACUUAAAAGGAUUAGUAAAGAAGGAAGAAAAAAGCGAAAGAUGCUAACUUCUAA